UAGGUGGGGCGUGUUCUUUUGUGUCACGUGACUGUGCUGGCGGUUGGUGGUCUGAGUGCAAGCGCCAGAUUCGCGAUCAUGGAGGAUCUUGGAAGCUCGCGUCCUUUGGCAAACCUCGAUCACCCCCCCAACAGUCGGCUCUUUCUGGUCAUCAGCAAAUCGACAUCGGAGGAGGUGAUCCGAGAGAACUUUUCUUUCUUCGGUGAGAUCCAGGACAUUUGGGUCGUUCGGGACAAACAGAGCAAAGAUCACAAGGGCAUCGCGUACGUGAAGUUCGCCAAAUCCUCGCAGGCCUGUAGGGCAAUGGAGGAGAUGCACGGCAAGGCCUUAACGGAAGACACCAAACCCAUCAAGGUCUUCAUUGCACAGUCUAGAGGAUCUGGCAGCCACCGUGAUGUUGAAGAUGAAGAGUUGACUAGAAUUUUUGUCAUGAUUCCAAAAUCCUAUACCGAAGAUGAUCUAAGGGAAAACUUUAAGGAAUUUGGAGAUAUUGAAUAUUGUAGUGUUAUCAGGAACAAGGGCACAGGAGAGAGCAAAGGCUUUGGCUAUGUGAGGUUCCUGAAACCAUCUCAGGCUGCUCAGGCCAUUGAAAACUGCGAAAGAUCUUUUAAGGCAAUACUUGCGGAACCAAGGAACAAACCUACAUACUCUGAGAAUGACUACAUGGGUGGAACUAGACAAGAUCCCUUGUCUUACGGGUCAGGAUAUGAUCCUCCUCGUGGUCAAACUAUGUUUCCUUUUGGUGAAUUCGCUAACUUUGGAACAAGUGAAAUGAGAGGUGGUGAAAUGAGAGCUGAAAUUAGAAGUGAAAUGAGAGGUGGAGAAAAUAUAUCCACAUGUCUUUCAGUGUCUACUAGAGGACUGCUGUCACAUGAACAAGUUUAUAGUCUCUUUGAUAUUAUCCCAGGACUGGAAUAUUGUGAAAUUCAGAGAGAUCCCUAUAUGGGUUAUGGCAAAGGAUAUGCUAUUGUUCGGUACAGCAAUGUGGCAUCAGCAGUAUACGCCAAAGAAAAGCUUCACGGAUUUGAGUACCCACCUGGUAAUAGACUGGGAGUCAGUUACAUUGAAGGUGACUCUGGUGAUAGACGAGCAAACCCAAUUGGAAUGAUGGCUUUACAACUUGUGGCGGCUCAGAUGAUGACACUGGCCUGUAAUAGUCCUGUUGGCCAACAGAUGAUGCCAACAUCACCUGGACAUGGAGGUAGCAGUAGUACACAGAUGUCACGGUUGCAGGUUGGCUUUUCUUUACCUGCACCUCAAAACUUUGCUCCUUCUGAUAGUACUGUCAGAGAGAGAUUAUUUGUGGUCUUCAACCCAACUGUCCUACCCCUUGAUAUACUGGAGGAUCUGUUCUGUCGUUUUGGAAGCCUGAUUGAAGUAUAUUUGGUACCAGGACGUAACAUUGGCUAUGUUAAAUAUGCUGAAAGACAUAGUGCUACUAACGCCUUGGAUACUUUACAUGGAAAGGUUGUUAAUGGUAUCAAGCUCAAGGUAAUGCUAGCUGAUCCUCCACGAGAAGAGUCACAUAAGCGGCAACGCACACACUAAGAUGUUGCACAAAAGAUUGUGCUAAGAGUGGGGACAAUUGACCUGACACAUCAGCUGACUGACUGGCUACUUGACAGUACACAGUGACUUCCACUCGUGACCUUUGCUAGUAACUGAACAGUUUUUUUUAUUUUCUGGGAAUAGGCAGCAAGAGAAGACUUUGACAGAUAUUGAUUGAAGUGUUUAAGAUGGGAAUUUUAGUAAUAGAUUGAAGAAACUUACUUUAAUCCAUGUAACCUCUGCUUUCCCAGCCUUUAGAGUUUGAAUUGUAUCUGUUAGCUUUGUUAUCAUCAAUAACUUGUACCAAACAUAAUAAAGCUUAAUUAUGAAA